AUGGUCCGGUAUUACACUGCUGCUUCUAGGUUGUCUGGGAUCCGGCCGAGAGGGGAUUUGUGGCUUCGGUUGAAAACCGCCUGCAAAGUGUUAAAUAGUGGCACCGCAAGCACUCGAUCAUUCACCGGGACAGCUACGAGCCAAGUGGAGGCAACAAGUGAUUUGAUAGUAAUAGUAAUGUUCGAGAUGUUCCCUUUCUGGAAGAAAGCCGGCCUGCCUUGUGCAGGAGCCAGGGUCACAGUGGCCAUUGAUCCGACUUCUGGCCCGGUUGGUGGCAGUGGUACGAGCAGUCGGCCUUCUCCCAAGUUUACACCAUCAUGCCCUCAGCUGGCUCCGGGAAGAGAUGGAGGCGUCCGACAGAAAAAUCCAGUAGUUUCAUGUAUGGACGCAGGGAUUCCAAGUGUGAACGUUCUUCGAGCGCGGCAUCCAGAGAAGGAGCUACCUGAUACGCCGCGGUCCUCUGGCUUCGGCCCAGACAUUGUAGUGCUUUCUUUCCACGGUCACAAUGGCCAGCUCGUAGCGCUCUGGCCAUCAGAUACCGCUCUUGGGGUCGCUGAGCUUCGGCACCAAGUCAUGUAUUCUCAGAAGAACCUGUGGCAUCCCGGUGAUCCGACUGUGCCAAUCAGCGGCAGGGACACUGUACAGGCUGGAAACACUGCUUUCAAGCUCACCUCCAAAAGUAGACACUUUCAGCUGCUAUGGCCGGACCAAGCUGUGGUCGGUUCUGCGCAUCUCACGAUUAGAGAAGUCCAGAAACUGAAUGGGUCACAGCGUGAGGCUGGAAUGGCCGCGUGGCCCAUCGAAAACUGCCGCGGCGCUAUGCCCGUGUAG